AUGGCUGCUGCUCAUGCAAGUUUGGUUGACGUCCACAAGAAGAUCGACGACCUGCGUCAACAACGCCUAGCGCGGGAGACCGCGGCGAAGACGCACCAAGAAGAGUUUGUCGCCAACGUUGGUGACUACGUACUCUGGUCGCGCGUGGACAAGAUGAAGUAUCCGAAGCUGCUCGUCACAUGGCUCGGCCCGUUCCAGAUCACGGAAGUGUCGACGUACUCGUGCGUCAUCCGUCAUAUCCUCUCGGGUCGAGAGCGCCAUGCACAUACGAGUCGCCUCAAGCCGUACGCCGAAGGCAGCUUUGAGCUCACGCAAGAGAUCCGCGAGCACGUGUCCGAGCAGGGCGUGCUUUUGAAGAUCCGUGAGAUCAAGGCAGUACGGCUCAACCAGAGUGCCCGGCGGUGGGAGAUCCUCUGCCUAUGGGAAGGCCUGGAAGACAUCGAAGCAUCGUGGGAGCUGUUCACGUCGAUCGCGACGGAUGCCCCCGCGGUCGCUCGACAGUUUGCGGAGCAAGUCACAGACGCCCGAGCGCGGGAUGGUCUGGCUGAUGAGCUCCGGCAACUUGAAGAACGGUCUGCAGCGUCGACACGACGACGGUCGUGA